AUGCCAGGCCUCAGAAUCGCCUUCACAGGUGGGUCAGGCAAGGUUGGCCGACAUGUGAUCAAGGAACUACUUCGCUACGGCCACCAAGUCAUCAACCUUGACCUUGUCGACCUUGCGCCCUUGUUCAAGGACUUCCCCGAGCUGCAGGAUGUCCACACCAUCAAAUGUGACCUCACCGACAGCGGCCAGGUGUUCAGCUGUCUCAACACGCACAUGAAAGUAGGCGAACCUUUCCCCGCAGAAACACCACGACCUCCAGACGCGGUGAUCCACUUCGCCGGCGUCAAUAAACCGAUGAUCGUCUCCGAUGGAGAAACGUUCCGGAUCAACGUCAUGGGCACCCACAACGUGAUCGAGGCGGCGUGUAAGCUGGGGAUCAAGAAGAUUAUCAUUGCGAGCAGCAUCACCGUCUAUGGCGUCGCCUUUGGCCAGGGAAAUUUGGAAUACGCCUCCUUUCCGGUCGUCGAGGAAGCGGAUUGUAACCCAACGGAUCCCUAUGCGCUGUCGAAGCUGUGCGGUGAGCGUACUGCGAAGAGCUACGCGACGAGGUUCGGCGUGGAUAUAUACUGCCUCAGAAUCGGGAGGGUGUUCGAACCGGAUGAGUACAACGGUGACGUGUUCCGGGGCUAUGUCCGCGAGCCGGAGAAGUGGUUUCAGCAUGGCUGGUCCUACACAGACGCGAGAGAUCUCGGUCAAAUAUGCCAUCGCGGGCUUGGGAAGUCGGAUCUCGGAUUCCAGAUUUUCAACGCCGUCAACGACACCAUCACCAACUUGAGCGAGGAUACGGCCCUCUUCCUGAGGAAGUUGUAUCCGCAUAUUCCGCAUACGAGAGAGCUGCGCUCGGGAGAAGCUCCCAUCAGCAAUGAAAAGAUUCGGCGGCUGUUGGGCUUUAAACAAGAGCAUGAUUGGCAGAGUUACUUUGGGAGUGAUAUGUAG